AUGGGUGAAAGCAGGAAGUACUGUGGUAUUGACGAGGUGAGCACGGAUACGGCUGUUCCUGGUCUUCUUCACUACAUUUUCGAUACUCUUAUACGCUCCUCAAGUCGCUCGUUUCCUUCUGCUCAGCUCGGGGGUCAAGUUGUUCUUCAUGUUUAUUUCCCGACCCAGCCACGGAUCUCCUUCACUGGUGAGAUCAACCGGCUACCGAAACUGAAAAGGACAAGGAUGACGAUCUGUAUUUGUAACGCCCGGACGCUUGCAUCGGAUGCAGCCAUUGAAGAUCUGAUGAUGCAAGCCAGGAAGUUUAUGUACGACGUCAUCCGACUGACAGAGAGGAGACGAUGCCACCCACAGAACGCCGUCUAUGACACUGCAGAAGAACUGUUCUUAGGAAUAUGUGACAGUAGAAGAGUUGGUGGAGCCGGUGUCCUCGUCAACACGAGUAUGGCAAAGAAUAUAGACUUUUUCAAACAACAUACAACCCGACUCGGACGUCUGUUCAUUCCACUGUAG